AUGAGACUGCGAGCAGCAACAGGCGUUUCAAAAUUCUCGGUUCUGCUGCUCGCUGCACAGAACCUGAGAAGAAACGUGGCGCACAUUUUCUGCCGGCUGUGCUUUGAUGCAGAAAGACACACCGCUGGACUGAAAAUGAGGGGCGAAUUCAAUCGGGGCUGCACCCAGCGCGGGAGCAGUUCGGCGAAUGGAACUCUCCCCGCUGGGAACAGGCCAGUGGCGGCCAAAAUAGCUGUGCUCAGCUUCGUCUUCGUCCUGGCAACUCUGGGCAAUUACAUCUUCCUCUACACCCUGUGGCGUCAGCGCCGGAAUAGCAGCCGCACCCGCCUCUUCCUCUUGCACUUGUGCACCGCUGACCUGGCGGUCGCUUUCUUCCAGGUGCUGCCCCAGCUCUUGUGGGAGGUGACCGACGCGGUUUGCAAAGCCGUCAAGUACCUGCAGGUCGUCGGGAUGUUUGCUUCCACCUCCCUGCUGGUGGCGAUGACCCUGGAUCGCCACCAAGCCAUUUGCCAGCCCAUGACUGCCAUCACCAAGGCCUCCUGGCAGAUAUACCUAACUGUGGUCAUGGCCUGGAGAUUCUCGCUGCUCUUCAGCCUCCCUCAGGUUUUCAUCUUCUCCAUUGAAGAGGUGCAGCCGCGGGUGUUCGAGUGCUGGGCCACCUUUGUCAAACCUUGGGGCCGGAAGACCUACAUCACCCGGACAGCUUUGGUCAUCUUCAUGAUCCCUGCGGUCAUCCUGAUUGUCUGCCAAGUCAAAAUAUGCAGAACCAUUUACUUGACUGGGCAAACCAACAGGCUCAAAAGGAUCGCAUUGACAGAAGCCAAUGUGCAGGGGGCACAAGCGAGCGCUGCCAAGCGGAUACCCAGCUCCUUACUAAAGACACUGAAGAUGAUGUUUUUAGUCGUGAUGCUGUACAUUCUGUGUUGGGCACCAUUCUUCAUUGUGCAGCUCUGGUCUGUUUGGGACCCAGCCGGAGGACCUAUUGAGGGUACACCAUUUAUCAUCAUAAUGCUCCUCGCAAGCCUCAACAGUUGCACAAACCCGUGGAUCUACAUGGCCUUCUAUCAGUAGGUUUGGUGACACUGUACUGCAUCCCACUCUGAAAACCGGUGUUCAUGAGAAACACCAGAGACGAAAGCCUGGACUGUGUGAUCAGCAGUGAAUGAAUGGCACUUGCAAUUCAGUCCAAGUACAUUUGCCUGUGCUACUGUCUCUCAACACCUGCAAUAAGAUUUGAGGCUGAAACAGCAUGGUACCUUUGGCUGGAGAUUUGGAACUAAGUGAAGAAGACAUGCAAAUUUGAGCCAGCUUAAUCAUCGGACUGAGGAAUCCUUACUGAGGAACACACAGCCACCAAGUUCAGUUCUGUAUUACCACUAAUGUUAUGGUAACCCAGAGUUCCAACAUGGGUAGCCAAUAUGCUUCUGUCCUAGCAGAAGCUUACAGGAAGGAUAGCUCAGAACAUUGCUCAGGGCUUAAUACUGAGUUGACACUACAGCUGCUACUUUGGACCAUUCAGGUCCUGUUAACACCAUCAUUUGAAUAUUCACAGCCAAAAUGCAUAUUCAUCUGGGGUUAGAGUUUAACAUUGACCAGAAAUAUAUUUUUUUUAAAAUCAUUGGACCAGCCACAUAAAUGCUGUGGCUACACAGUGGGUUAGGUGCUGGGAAUUCUGCAGCAAGUAACUCAGCUCCUGACUGCUGGAAGCCUGCUCACCUUCUUUCAGGCUGGGACCUUUCUUCACUGGAGUGGAGGAGGUUGAGGGGUGACCUUAUAGAAGUUUAUAAAAUCAUGUGGGGUAUAGAUAUGGUGAAUGGCAGGUGUCUUUUCCCUAGGUUGGGGGAUUUCAAGACAAGUGGCCAUAUUUUUAAAGGAGAGAGGAGAAAGAUUUCAAAAACACAUGAAGGGCGAUUUGUUUUACACACAGAGUGAUUUGUGUGUAGAAUGAACUUUCGGAGCAAGUGGUGAAUGUGGGUAUAGUUACAACAUUUAAGACAUUUGGGUAAGUACAUCAACAGUGUAAGUUUGGAGUGAUAUGAGCCAAGCACCGGCUUUGGGAUUAUGGUCAGCAUGGACUGGUUGGACCGAAGGGUCUGUUUCUGAGCUGUACGACUCUGUAACUCUAACUUCUCUCCACAGAUGCUGCCAGAGCUGUUGAGUUUUUCCAGAAAUUUCUUCGAACAGAGGGUGAUUGGUAAGUGGAAUGAACUACCCGAGGGAGUAGUAGCUGCAAGCACAUUUACAAUAUUUAAAAGACAUUUGGACAGGUGCAUGAAUAAGAAAGAUUUAGAGGCAUAUGUGCCUAACACAGUCAAGUGGGACUUGAGAAACUUGGUCAGCACGGACGAGUUGGACUGAAGGGUGUGUUCCCAUGCUGUAUAACUCCACGCCUCUAAGUUUUCACUAUCCAAGGCAAAGCAUCCUGCUUUAUUGGCCCCCUAUCCAACAACUUCAACAUUCACUCUCUUCAUCAGGAAUCUAUAUUAGCAGAAGGGAUAAAAGGACAGGAACGAUAAACACAUGAGAAUAUCACCACUCCUUAGUUUGCUUCCAAGCCACACACCAUCCUGGCUUAGAAAUAUAUCACAGUUGCUUCAUGUUGUUGGAUCAAAUUCUUCAAACUCCUUCCGCAUAACAUCACUGUGGAGAUACUGAGAUGGGUGGCAAGGGUUCAAAAAGUGGCUCACUACCACUUUCUCAGGGGCAAUUGGGGAUGGGCAACAGGUAUCUCCUUAGUGUUGCUUAUAUCCCCGGAACAAGUAAAAACUGAGCAGACAGUACUGAGUUUGCUAACUGUCUUUAUCACUUCAAUUGGGCAUAGGGUAAUCAUGUAUUGCAAACCCGAUUAAUAAGUCCUGUGAAUUUUCAACCUCCAGCGUUUAAACCAGGUAGUAUUAGUUGAAAUGUUUAAAUUAAUGCAAAAUAAUGUACAGAGAGCAAAACAGAGAUGAAAGAGAGAUGACAAAACAGAGAAAGGAAUAAAAGCAAAAAAAAAUUACUUCUUUUAAAACAAUUCUCCAACAACAACAAAAACCUGAGAAAAAAACUUCCACGCUUUCAAAGAAACUCAUCUGCCAACAAUUUCAACUUCCCACAGUAUUAAAAAUUUAUUUCCACUGGAAUGAUUGGAACCCUCUUCUUUCUGGCACAGUUAGAGAGUAAUUAAGUAGAUCAUCAGACAACAGAUAAAGACACAAGUCAGGGCAUUACUAUCUGAGUUGCUCUGCACCUCCUCAGUUUUGCUUUACUUCCAUCAUGCUAAGUAACUCGACAUUCUGAUGUGUCGGAUUGGAUUUUUUUCUUUUUGGGGUUAGGAAAACAGAAACCACCCCACCUCCCUCUCCCACCCCCACCAUCCACUGGAGAGUGAGGCACAGAGAGAAUGUAAUCACUGGCUUGGGAUUUCCAUAGAAGUGCAUCCUUAAUUGGUAUGGUGUUAUGGUGCUUGGUAUAAUGCUGAAGACUGAUCACCUCACUAUUAUUCCUCCAGUAAGAUCAGAAGAUAAACAAAAAAUAACAGUGUUUGGUUCAGAAUUGUUGCCCUACAAAUAUAUUGUUAGAAAUUUGAGUUUCCACACAAACUAUCCACACACUGUGUCGUUUUUGCUUGACAAACUCUGCAACCCGAAGUCAGCUUCAUUGAUAGAUUUAGGUUUGAGUUGGAAUGGAAGAUCCUGGGGCAGACUGUAGAACCUACUAUGUCUAAACUGUCACUCAGAGGUGGAAUUCCGAUCGUCAGCAUAAUGAGGAGACUAGGGAGCUGUGGCUCUUUGGAAUCUCAGCACACAAGGGUAGCUCUGAUAGAGUAGAGAUAGGUGUUGAUGGGUCUUGCUUUGUAACUUCCUACUCCUCCUGGCCCACAAGCAGAACUGUAAAGGCACUUUCAACUUGUUUUCAUGUUACUUCAACUUCUGGGUUUCCAAAAGCCCGGCUGACCACUCAGAAACAAGCAGGACAGGUAACAUCGAAGGCUGGGCAGCCUUAUUUAAACAAACUAAACUGGCAACCUGCCUCUUGUGAGCAGAUUGACUGCCUGUCCUUGUAUUGCCACUCUUAAACCCAAAGGUGGAAGCCCUGAAAGCAGGUUUUAGACUUAAAAGUUUUUUUUAAAUAAUUUUUAGGUGUUAAAAGUCACUAGAUUAUGUUCAAUUUAAAGUCAGUUGAACAACAUGGGUCACUUAGAGGCAACUGCUAUAGUAUCACCAAAAUGGAAACCAUCUGGCUGUUUAAUGGUGCGUGUCAUUUAUUGCAGUAGAUUCAUUGCAAUGUGGAUCACAAUCUAAUGCUGGGAGGAAAGAAUGUGUGUUUAUCUUAAAUAUCUGUGUGCAUUCCAAAGCAUAGUUUGAUGGUGACCCUGAGAUAAUAGUCAUCUCAGAGGAUUGUUUUUUAUUUCAUGUUUUGGGUGGGGAGGGUUUUGUUCAGGGAAAAUUUGUAACCAACCGUGAGCCAAGUUCCACUGAAAGCUGGGAUCCUGCCCAAUAAGGUCACAGUUGACAAUGAGUGCUGCCUGUGAGCGAACGGAUCUUGUGGAGUGACAGCGUUGGCUGAAAUGUAUGGAUCAUAGAAUAUCUGUUUAAACAAGGGUGACUCAAUGACCUCUCAGCUCAAAGAUUUGGCGAGAUGGCAUUGUUUCCCAAGGCCCUGGCAGAGUCCAAAAUUAUAAUGUUGGGCCCACACAAUGAGAGGAAUUUUAACAAAGCUUGUUUUUGAACGGAAGGUUAGAAUAAAGAAGGAUCAAGUGGUAACUUAAUGAAAUGUGAGGCUGGAUGAACACAGCAGGCCCAGCAGCAUCUCAGGAGCACAAAAGCUGACGU